GGUCCCAACAAUGAACGUGCCUAUGUCGCGCCACACACGCCGUUAAUACUCAUCUUAACGAUGCUGGCCACGCAACCAGCCGUCAUCCUUCCUGAGGAGCCCUUCGGCGUGCAGCUGCUGCGCCGGGAGGUUGAGCGACAGGAAUUGCUGGGCGGCAGUGGCAACGGCGAGGGGCGUGCAGGAAAUGGCGGACCGGGGAAGGGCAGCAGCGGUGGUUCGGGCGGGACCACCGCGCCGUUCACCCCUGCCGCGGUGAAGCUGUGCGUGCGGGAGGGCGCUGCCCUGCCCGGCGGAGAUCGUUGUGUUGAGGAGGUGGCGAUUCUGGG